AUGCGUUUACAGGUUUCCGCAUCAGGAAGGAGUAGCCUCGCUGCCGCGACAAAACCUCAAGCUCACCGUGAAUGGGCUAACUUCCGCCAGAGUGGAGAUAAGCUCAUAUCAGGUGGAUUGGCCGACAAAAGAUAUUGUUACGAUGUUGCAACUUUGACGAAAUUGCCAACCUCGUACACCGAUGAUAUUAACAACGUUGGUGUAUCCAAAGCCUUCGGGUCUGCGCCGCUGUUGACCCAUUAUGUAGAGCCAUUCUCCGUAAUACAGUUUGCAACGAAAUAUGUAUUGAGCUAUCGAUUUUUUUUCAUUUACAUGGCGCGGACAACAUUCCAGGCCGUCAGACCGUUGCUUGCUUUCUGCGUAUUCGGAGAGAUUAUGAAACUUGUACUUGCAAACGUAAGCGGUGGAUUGCCAGCCUUUCUGUUCUCUUUUGUGUUGGCAUUUGAAGUCUUGUACUUCUUCUUACAGUGCUACAUUUCCUACACGUUUCUCACCAUGUUCUUCACUUGCAAGGUUGAGGAAGAUAUAUAUCAUAUUGAAGGGUUUAGGGUGCGAACGGGUGUCAUGGGGAAAUUAAAGCUUUGUGAGGAUGCAGUAUUAACAUCAAGUAAUCUGUCUUACUCCUGCGGUGGAUCUACGAACCAAAUACUUCUAUCAAACAUCACUCAAUGUGAGUUAAAGAGGCAUAGGCUGCAGCGUGCCAUCAAAAUUACUUGUACUGAUUCGAUUUUUUUUCUAACAUGUGAUGAUGUUAGCAGCUUACACCAAGAAUUGACCAAAGCCCUGAUAUUUCACGAUAACAGCAAUGUAAUUAGGCGAUCUGGUGGUUUGGGGGGAGUCAGUCGUGUUGUAAGCAUGAAAAAUGAGAUGGUAGAGGACGCUAAUUCGCUUAGAAUAAAUGCAAUGACCGACCUUGCCAUGCUAAAAAAAAAGUCGCAAAAAAUUCGUUCUAUGGCACACCAUUUACAAACGGGACACCGUAGUCUCUCAAAAACUUUUGAGGCCCUGAAUCUGCGUAUCUUCGAAGACUCUCCACGGCUUGCAGGUUCUGAUGUUGAAGAAAUUAUACUGCGUGUGAUGAAGAACGGUGAUUUUAUCCUACUACAGGAUCUUUUUUGCGUAGUAAACCGUAUGCGGCUCUGCAAACUAUUAACUCCGGCUGAAGUACGAUCUCAUGUAGAGCGCAUUCAAGAGGAAGGAAAGUGUAAGAUGGUCGAUAUACAUGGUGUUGAAAUCAUUUUCACUGACAAGUCGGCACGUUUCUUAAAGGCCAUUGCACAGACGGUCGCCGAGGCGCCCACAACACCUUAUCAGUUUGCUGAGGCCCAAAAAAUAACCCUUAUUCAAGCGGAAUACCAGCUACUAUAUGCUGAAAUGAAAGGCGUGGUAACACGGGACGACGAAACCUACCGUAUUCGAUACUAUCACAACCCAUUUUCGCAACAAGCACACGUUACGUAG